ACCCCGGCUCCACCCCCCUCCCAACUCUGCCAGGCUCUCCAAUCGCAUGUGGAAUUAUCGCUCUACCCAGGCGGUGGUGUAGAUCUCCGCUGCAAUUGGGGCCGUACGAUGGCGGAGAAGACUCAAAAGAGUGUGAAGAUUGCUCCUGGAGCUGUUGUGUGUGUAGAAAGUGAGAUCAGAGGAGAUGUAACUAUCGGACCUCGGACAGUGGUCCACCCUAAAGCACGAAUUAUUGCGGAAGCUGGGCCAAUAGUGAUUGGCGAAGGGAACCUGAUAGAAGAACAGGCCCUUAUCAUAAAUGCUUACCCGGAUAAUAUCACUCCUGACACUGAAGAUCCAGAACCAAAACCUAUGAUCAUUGGCACCAAUAAUGUGUUUGAAGUUGGCUGUUAUUCCCAAGCCAUGAAGAUGGGAGAUAAUAAUGUCAUUGAAUCAAAAGCAUAUGUAGGGAGAAAUGUAAUACUGACAAGUGGCUGCAUCAUUGGGGCUUGUUGCAACCUAAAUACUUUUGAAGUCAUCCCUGAGAAUACAGUGAUCUAUGGUGCAGACUGCCUUCGUCGGGUGCAGACUGAGCGACCACAGCCCCAGACACUACAGCUGGAUUUCUUGAUGAAAAUCUUGCCAAAUUACCAUCACCUAAAGAAGACUAUGAAAGGAAGCUCAACUCCAGUAAAGAACUAAGAACAGUAGAUGACAUGAAGAUAACAUUUUUGUCUUUGACCACUGUCUUUUGAAUGGGCCACAGUGUUUAUGUACUCUUAGCAACUCACAGGAUAAUACAUGUUGACUUUAUUUUGUAAAAUUGGGUUGAGAGGAAAGUAAUGGAUUUUCAUUGUAACUGUCCUUUAUAAUUUAUAUAAAAUGUAUUAUUUUCCUAUAUCCUUGCUUCUUUUCUGAUAAUUUACAGAUUUAGCUUUUCUUUUGUUAUGUAAACUGCUGGCCACAAAUUUUAGUUAUGUAAAAGACUACCCAUGACAAGAAAGGACAUAUUGUUAUGUAUUUAUAUUCUAGCAUAGACUAAACUGAAUAAAAAUGCUGAUAACAGUCUUUAAUGAUCAUACUUUAAUCAGUUUUUCUACUUGAAUUAAUCUUUUCUCUUAAUUUUUUUUAUGUACUAGUUGUAUUAAAGCUAAUGUGUUUAACUUUU